AUGUUCCGCUCCACCAUCAUCCGCAACGCUCGCCUCUUCAGCACCAACGCGCGCUUCCAAAAGUCCGUCACCGAGACCGUCAAGGAGACCGCCCAAGCAGUCGACAGGACAAUUUCCGAUGCCGCCGUCAAGGGUAUCGAGAAGGGUGAACAAGCAGCCGCCACCAUCAAGCAAGCCACAAACCUCUCCGCCGGCGAAGUAAAGGGCAAGGCCUACGAAGUCGCUGGCGAAGCCUCCGGAAAAGCCUCUGAACUCACUGGCGCAGCAAAGGGCAAGGCCGCCGAGCUCAGCAAGACCUCUCCCGACUCCGUAGCAGAGGCCGAGGGUAUGGUCAAGGGAAAGGCCAACCAGCUUUCCGGUCAGGCAAAGGGAAAGAUUGCGGAGGUCAAGGGAAAGAUGUAA